AUGGUGAACGAGAGGCACAAUGGCAACCUGCUUGUGCAGCUGGGCCCCAGACUGCAGGCCUGCCCGCAGGAGCUGCUGCGGCAGCGGCGGGGCCAUGACGGCCAGCCUGAGUACCUGAUCCAGUGGAGUGUAGUCACCUUGGAAGAGAGAGCAGUGGAAGGAGGCAGCACCUCCUCUGCAGAGAGCAAGCCAGAGAAGAUCUCGCUGUGGAUGUCUGCAGAAGAGGUCUGUGCCUGCUGCCCGGCCUUGCUGGGCAAGAGGAAGCUGGCAGGGCCGUGGGUGAAAGAGGAGAAGGCAGCCGGCCCCUUGGCUGCAGAUGUGCCCCUGGAUGAAGAGUGGCUGCAGGAGAUGAAGGCUGAUGUCAGGAGCCUGGUGCGGCGAGCUGGCCGGCAGUUGGCCGAGGCUGGGGCCCCCGAGGCCUUCGUCCUCAACACCGUCCACGUGCUGAGCGCCUACGCCGGCAUCGGCUCGCUGGCAGAUGCCUUCAGGGAGGCAGGAGCCCUUGAGCUGCUGCUGAAGAUGCUGUGCCACCAGGAGCAGGAGAUCCGCCACGCUGCUGGCAAGAUGCUGAGGGCCCUGGCUUCGCACGAUGCAGGGAGCUGGGCCUAUGUCCUGCUCUCCCUGAGCCAGCAGGAUGACCUUGAGCAGCACAUGGACUUUGAGAGUCGCUACACCUUGCUGGAGCUGUUUGCUGAGACAACCUCCUCUGAGGAGCACUGCAUGUCCUUUGAGGGGAUCCACCUUCCCCAGAUCCCUGGCAAGCUGCUGUUUCUCCUGGUGAAGCGCUACCUGCGCGUCACCUCCCUCCUGGACAAGCUGAGCAGCGGCACGGAGCAGGGCGGGGAGCAGCAGGACUGCACCGUGCCCGGCCCGGUCACGGAGGAGAGCAGUCGAGCGCAGCAGCAGUUCGAGUUCAGCACGGCCAUGGCCAACCUCAUCCUGGAGCUGGCGCACGUGAUGGGCUGGGACCAGGGCCGUCAGCCGGAGCCGCGGCCCCGCGCCGCCCGCUGCAUUUUCCCGCGUGGGGCGGCGUCCCGCAGCGCUGCUCCGGCGGCGGCCACCGCCGCCCCGCCGCGGGCGCCCAGCGGCCUGAGGCCGCGCUCGGCCCUCCCGAGCCGCAGCGGCGACGCCGAGUCCGUGCGCGCGAGGCUGGCGCGCGGCGCGCGGGUGCGCGUGCUGCAGGACUCGGAGCAGCUGCGCGCGGGCGACGAGGGCCACUUCCGGCAGAGCGGCGAGGGCGCGGCGCACGUGCAGGUGUGCUGGCAGCGCCUGGGCCGCGCCGCCUGGGGGCGGGGCCACACGCCGGAGAUCGCGGGCCCUUGGGAGCAGGAGGAGCAGGAGGGGCAGGAGCAGGUGACCGUCGUGACCUGCAGCCGCAGAGCAGCAGCAGCUGCACAGCCGUUGUUCUGCAAGCCCUCUGGGGGGCUGCACUCCCUGCCUCACCUGAGGGAGCAGCCCAGCAGGGCUGCAGAGGCCCUGAGCCGUGCGGAGUGGUGGGAGCUGCUCUUCUUUGUGAAGAAGCUGGCAGCAGAGGAGCAGAAAGAGAUCAUCUGCCUCAUCCAGCAGGAGCAGGGAGAGCAGAUGGAUGAAGAAGCUCUGCUCCAGCUGUCAGUACCUGCAGAGCUGGCCCAGAAGGUGCUGCAGGAAGUGGAGAAGCGGUGCCAGGGCAGCACUCGGUGUGACCUGCAUGGCUCCCACGUCUACACCAAAUACUCCCUCGGUAGGGGAGCUGAGCAGCACAGUAUGGGGAGCACCUCGAUGUCCUUGGAAGGUGAUGGCUCUGGGAGCCUUAUCCCUGAAGGCACAGUGGCCAAGGCAGCAGAGAACCUCUCUGCAGCAAAGGAGAACCUUCCUGCAGCCACAGUGCCACCCCGAGCCCCUGCUGCAGCGGCCAAGUCAGAUGCCCAGCUGUUCAGUGAGCUCCUGGAGAGGGAAGGGCUGCUCUUGCCAGAGGUGACCGAGGAGCAGAGCAGAGUGCUGGGCAGCUGCAGGGGGUCGAGUGCAAGGGGCUCGCUGGCCCAGGUGGCAGCCAUGGUGGACAUGAUGGAGAGCAGCAGCUGCGAGGGGGGGCUGCACUUGGGUGGGCUCAAGCUCAUCCUGAAGUUCCUGGAGGAGGAGCCUGAGCAGCAAGCCAGCCAAGUCCAGGAUGGGCUGGAGACCAGGAGCGUGGGGGAGCAGCUGGUGAAGGUGUCAGUGGAGCUGCUGAGCAGCGAGGUGGCAGAGAAGGCCCUGCUGGUGGUGACCCUGCGGCUGCUGGCCCUGCUGCUGGCCAAGCACGACUGGAGGGUGGCGUUUGCCACGGAGGGCGGCGUGCGAGCCGUGCUGGCCUGCAUGCAGCAGCACAGCUCCUCUGCCCUGGUGCAGCAGGCAGGCCUGGCGGCCCUGAAGGUGCUGGUGGGAGCUGAGGCCGGCAGCCCAGGAGGGGCCGGUGGGAAGGCCUCGCCCCUGAGCCACGCCGACGCCCAGGUGAUGCGGGAGGUCUUUGCCAGCAUCGGCUCUGCCUGCGGCCAGAGCUCUGCCAGCCUGCUGAGUGCCAUCCCUGCUGCCAUCAGCACCAUGCAGAGGGUGCCAGGGGGCUCCUCGGGUGUGCAGAAUGGCUUGGUGGUGGUGAAGAUGCUGCUGGAGAACCACCGGGGCCUGGCGGAGCAGCUGGUGAGCUGUGACCUCCCCAGGGUGCUGCAGAGCUGCUGGGGGGAAGGGCAGAGCAGCGACUGCCCCCAGGCAGCGCUGGCCCUCAGCGUGAUCAACUGCCUGGCAGAGCACCAGCUGUCCCCGGGCACAGCAGGCAGAGAGGCCCCCCUGGACGUGGGGGAUGUGCAGAUGCUCCUGGGUGGCCUGGGGGACGGUGUCUUGUCGAAGGAGGUGGUGGUGGCCCUGGAGCGGCAGCUGUGUGCUGCCAUCCCCUCGGGGCAGCUGUGGCAGCUGCUGCAGGACCAGAGAAGCUUCAGGCUGCUGCUGCGCAGCCUUGAGCUGCUGGGAGCAGAGAAGGCUGUGAGCCUGAGCAUCCUCAGGAUCCUGAACAAGCUCCUGGCCAGUUACCAGGAGGACGUGCUGCCAUGGCACGAGUGUGUGGAGCCCUGUUUGUCCUCCCUGAGUGCCCACAGCAGUGACCAGGAGCUGCCUGCUCCCCAGGUGCUGCAGGAGGUGGUCGGCUUCCUGCACGGCCUGGCCAGCGCCAGCAAGGACUGCGCGGUGGUGAUGUGCGGUGUGGGCACCCACGCGGCUCUGAGCCAAGCCCUGGCCAAGCAGGGCUCGGUCCCGGCGCUGGCGCCGGCCCUGCUGGCCCUGCUGGCCGACUGCGAGCAGCAGGCUGGGCUCUGCAAGCGGCUGAGCGCCAGCAUCCUGAGCGGCUGCAUGCAGCUGGUGCUGGGGCAGAUCGAGGAGCAGCGCCGGAGCCAGCAGCCCCUCAGCAUCCCCUUCUUCGAUGUCUUUCUGCACCACCUGUGCCGAGGCUCCAGUGUGCAGGCGAAGGAGGAGAAGUGCUGGGAGAAGGUGGAGGUCUCCUCCAACCCUCACCGUGCCAGCAAGCUCACGGACAGGAACCCCAAGACGUACUGGGAGUCCAACGGCAGCACCGGCAGCCACUUCAUCACCGUCCACAUGCAGCGAGGGGUGGUGAUCAGGGAGAUGAGCAUGCUGGUGGCCAGUGAGGACUCCAGCUACAUGCCAGCUCGAGUGGUGGUGCUGGGGGGAGACAGCCCUGGCACCAUCAGAACAGAGCUCAACUCGGUGACCGUUCUGCCCUCGGCCAGCAGAGUGAUCCUGCUGCAGAACAUGACCCAGUCCUGGCCCCUCAUCCAGGUCCGAGUGAAGCGGUGCCAGCAGGGUGGCAUUGACACUCGUGUGCGUGGCAUUGAGGUGCUGGGGCCCAAGCCCACUCUCUGGCCCAUCUUCAGGGAGCAGCUGUGCCGCCGGACGUUCCUCUCCUGCACUGCUCUGGCCCAUGCCUGGUGCCAGGAGAUCAGCCGAGACCGGGGGCAGCUGCUGCAGCUCUCUGGCAAGCUGAACCGAGCGCUGCAGCACGAGCAGGGCUUUGCUGACCGCUUCCUUCCUGAUGCUGAGGUGGCCCAGGCCUUGGGCAGGACAUGCUGGGAGGCCCUGGUGACCCCCUUGGUGCAGAGCAUCACCAGCCCAGAGCCCAACGGCAGCAGCCCCCUGGCCUGGCUGCUGAGUGAGUACCUGGAGCGGUGCCAGCCUGCUGCCAGCCGUGGUGCCCCCAGCCGUGGUGCCGCCUUUGGGUCCCGUGUGCGGCGCCUGACCCAGCUCCUGGUGCACAUGGACCCAGAUGGCCCAGACCCGGAGGAGGCCAGAGCAGCUGGUGGGAAGGAGGGCAAGGACAAGGAGGUGCCUGCCAGGGCUGCCAAGGUGGCGGUGAAGAAGUCCAACAGCCUGUGGAGCAUCUCCCAGUGUUGGCAGGGUGUGGUGCAGCAGCAGGUGCAGCGGUUCCUGGAGCUGGCAGGGCAGGCACCAGAGCUGGUGGAGCGCUACUGCCAGCUGUACCAGCGCCUGCGCCGUGCCACGGAGGAGCUCUUUGGGCAGCAGUCCUCCUUCCUGCUGGCCCUGGGCCAGGGCUUUGCAGGGGCUUUGUUGCAGCUCCCCUUCCUUGCUGCUCUGCACGUCAGUGAGCAGUUUGCCUGCUACCUGGAUGGGCAAGUCCAGGAGCUCUGCAGGGCUGGAGGCAGCUUGGGGCCAUUGCAGCAGAUCCUGGAGCCCUUCGUGGCCAUCAGCGGCCUGGAGCUCGCCCACACCUUCGAGCACUUCUACCGGCACUACCUGGGGGACCGACUCCUGGCACAGGAGCCAUCGUGGCUGGAAGCAGCCAUCGUGGAGCAGCUUGGGCUGUGCUUCCCCAGCCGCUUCCCCCAGCAGAUGCUGAGCAACUUGGCCCAGUCGGAGGAGCUCCAGCAGCAGUUUCACCUCUUCCAGCUGCAGGAGCAGGACAAGCAGCUGCUGGAGCUGGACUGGAGCCCGGAUGAGGGCCCAGGGCCGGCCUCAGGGGCAGAUGUGCCAGAGGUGAAGGUGCUGACUUUGUCCCCACGCUGCUGGCCUGUGUCCCCUCUUUGCUACAUGGACGAACCAGGGAGGUUCUUCUCAGCAGCACUGAGCUCCCCCCUGGAGGAGUUUGCCUCCUUCUGCAGGCACAGCCAGGCCUGGCUGGGCUGGGAGUGCACCAAGCCCCGGCGGCUGCAGUGGACGUGGCUGGGCCACGCUGAAGUGCAGUUUGGAGACUGCCUCCUCCAGGUGUCCACGCUGCAGAUGUACAUCCUGCUGUGCUUCAACAGCACCCAGGAGGUGGCUGUGGAGACCCUGCUGCAGGCCACAGGGCUCCCUGCUGACCUGGUGCACCAUGCCCUGGCACCGCUGACCCACAGCGAGGGCAUCCUGGUGGGGAGCUGCACGCCAGGAGGUGUGCUGCGGCUGAACCCAGAGGCCCUGGCCCAUGCCUCUGGCCCCCGCCUGAGGCUGCUGCCCCAGCAGAGGUACCUGAGGUCAGAGAGGGCUGAUAGCAGCGUCCUGGAAAGGAAGAGGAACGUCCUCUGCUGCCUCAUCAUUCGCAUCCUCAAGGUGGAGAAGCAGCUCCACAUUGACAACCUGGUGUUCAGGGUGACCGAUGCCUGUCAGAAGGGGGAGCUGGGGCCCGGGCUGCAGUUCCUGAGCUUCUGCUGCCACAGUGUGGAUGUGCUGUCCUGUAUCCUGCACCUGCUGAACCAGGGUUACAUCCGGCGCCAGGAGGAGAGGCCUCACGUCUUGGAAUACAUCUCUGCUGAACCCACAGCCCCUUCUGGGGGCCAGGCACAGAUGGUUUUCCAGAGUGGGCCGCCAGAGGCAUCUCCAGAAGAGGACAGCAUAGGCUCCCCGUCAACACUGCAGGUGCCAAUGGGGCAGACACUUAGUCCCGAGGAGGCUAAGCUGCUCAUGAACCAGACAGUACAGCAGGUCCAGGAUACUCUCAGUAUCUCGAGUGAUGUUGCUUGGCACCUCCUCAUGCACUGCAGGUGGAAUGUGGAUUUCCUGAUCCAGUUCUAUGUUGAGAACUCUGAGACUCUGCUCAUCUCCUCGGGGCUGCAAGUGUUGGAUUCCCAACCCCCUCCAAGCCCAGGAACCCACUGUCCAGUCUGUGUGAACCAGCUGUGUCCCACUGAGAAGCCACCAACCCUCUGCUGCAUGCACUACUGCUGCAAGCCCUGUUGGAAUGAGUAUCUCACCACUCGCAUUGAACAGAACAUGGUUGUCAGCUGCACCUGUCCCAUAUCUGAGUGCCAUGCACAGCCAACUGCAGCCUUCAUCUAUUCCAUUGUUUCUUCUGAGGAGAUCAUAGCCAAGUAUGAAAAAGCUCUCCUCAGAGGUUAUGUUGAGUGUUGCUCCAACUUAACGUGGUGCACCAACCCUCAGGGCUGUGAUCAGAUCCUUCUUAAGGAUGGACUUGGCUAUGGAGCAGCCUGUUCCAAGUGCUCCUGGAUAUCCUGCUUCAGCUGCAAUUUCCCAGAGGCCCAUUAUCCUGCCAGCUGCAGCCACAUGUCUCAGUGGGUGGAUGAUGAUGGGUACUAUGAAGGAAUGACAAGUGAAGCCCAAAGCAAACACCUGGCUAAGCUCAUUUCAAAGCACUGCCCAAGCUGCCAGGCUCAGAUAGAGAAAAACGAGGGGUGCCUGCACAUGACCUGUGCAAAGUGUAACCAUGGCUUCUGUUGGCGUUGCCUCAAGCCCUGGAGGCCAACUCAUAAGGAUUAUUACAACUGCUCUGCUAUGGUGAGUAAAGCAGCUUGGCAGAAGAAACGUUUUCAGGAUUACAAUGAGAGAUGCACCUUUCACCAUCAUGCAAGGGAAUUUGCCGUGAAUCUGAGGAACAGAGUUUCUUCCAUCCGUGAGAUGGCCAAAAUGAGAACUUUGACCUUUGUUCUGGAUGCCUGCAAGGUCCUAGAGCAGGCACGGAAGGUUCUGGCCUACUCCUGUGUGUACAGCUACUAUAACCAGGACAUUGAGAGCAUAGACAUUGUGGAGCAGCAGACUGAGAGCCUGGAGCUGCACACUAAUGCUCUACAAAUCCUUCUGGAGGAAACCCUGCUGAAGUACCAGGACCUGGCCUCUUCUCUUCGUCUCAUGAAAGCAGAGCACUUCAGUGCUGGGCUGGAGUUGGUGCACCAGAUCAGGGAGCGUCUCUUUGCAAUUCUGUGGCACUCCACACAGGAUUUCCACGUUGGACUCCAGACUUUGGCAGAUUCCAGCCAGAGAAAGGUGGAACUCUCGAAUGUGUCUGCUUCAGCCCCUGGCUUUACAGGGCCAAAAGGUGCCAUCUUGUGUGACUCCCCCAACACAAAUGAAGGUGACAAGGAGGUUGAAGAUGAGUAUGAGCUGCAGUGGCAGGAAGACUACGAUGAUGAUGAUGACGAUGAUGAUGAUGAUGACCUUGAUGAAGACAACUUUCUGUUUGAUGCUGAGUCAGAGAACCUUGAUUGUGACUCCUACUUUGAUGAUGAAGAUGCCUAUGACUAGAAGUGGGUUAUCACCCAGCCUGGACCUCUGCCUCUGCUCUGUCUUGACCAGUUUGUGUUGGCAUCUUCCCUCAAAGACAGUGAGGAGCUCUCAGACAGAGACAUCUCCUCUGGGGGCUACCUGUGCAGUGACUCACCUUUAAUGUACAGAAACUUGGCUCUGGACUGAUGGCAUUACUGUGGCCACCUCUCAGGAAGACAUCUCCUUGCCUUUCUCCCUUGUCUGCACUGCUGCCGAUAGCUAUCUGAUUGAAUUAGAAGGUC